ACACAUCAACUCCAUUUCACAUCACUAUUAAGUUGCAUUUAACAAAUAAUUCGAUCAUGCAUCAUGAAUUCGAAUACGAUUCAGAAACAAAAGUUCAAACCAGCACGUGUGUUCGACUGAUUGUUUGCAUUGGGUCACAUGUCAGCUUCGUGUUUCGUACAGUAGGAUCACGCUUUUCUCUGCCGAUUACACGAAAAACAUGAGAUUAUUUAGAAACAGCUUCACAGAACAAUCGAACAUAAAACACGCCACUUCGAGGGCCAUGUAUCAGCUGAAUGCAAUAAAGGUUAUCUUGGGACAUAUUUUACCGUACACCUGAAUUGUACACCUUAUACGUUAUAUACUGUUUGGGGCCGUUUGGGGGAUGAUAAGAUACCCGCAAAACGUACACAAUAUCCGGUAUUGGAGAUAAAUAGAAACCCUGGCGAGCUUGAAGCGGAACUUUCCCUUUCGCGUUGCUUUAACUUUUCGUUUGCCGUUGAGGCGUACAGUCUGCUUAAGAUACUCGCCCGUGACAGGAUGCAUUUAGCCAACAAGGAUCCAACGACCUGGCUUACCGGUCAGCUUUUCCAGAAGGCACUGACCCAAUACACCACUGACCGCAGCUUGGAGGUGGAAGACGUUCAUCUGGCAGUGCAUGGUAACGCUGCCCAGCAGUACGCCAGCACGAUCUAUCGGGCGUGCGUGAGCUAUCGUAGCCGUGGCAAAACGGAAUCGAUCAAACUGAUCGUGAAACUGGUCGCUUCGAAAGUGAACAGCCUAGCGGACGAGCUAACGUUCGACACUGAGCUGAAGGUGUACCGGGACUAUCUGUCCAAGAUGGAAACAAUGCUUGGCGAUGAUGCUAAGGCGUGCAAGUUUGGUCCAAAGCUAAUCUACUCCGCCGACGAUCCAGUGCCGCAUCUGAUUUUGGAGGACUUGGCGAGCCAGCAGUUCGUGCACAGCUGCAAGCUGCUCGAUGUGGACGAUGCAAAGAUAGUGUUAAUUAAAUUGGCCCAAUUCCACGCGACAUCAUACAGUUUAACCAACACUAGUGCGGCCAACUCUCUGGACGCAUUAAACAACGGGUUGUUUAAACAGAAACCCUCGGAAGGUGUAAAGUUUAUGUUGGAAAACUUUACCCUCUUCGCGGAGGUGCUAUCGCAAUGGGAUGGAUACGAGAAGUAUGCGGAACGUUUGAAGAGCAUUCAACCAACGUUUAUGGAGCGUGGUGCAGCGAUAUACAGGGGCCGAGGGUUCGGAUUCCAUGUCCUCAACCACGGCGAUUUUCAUUAUAAUAAUAUGCUGUUCAAGCUGGACCAAGGUCGUCGAGUGGAAGAUACAGUAUUCUACGACUUCCAGCUCAGCUGUUGGACUACGCCGGCAGUGGAUCUUCUUUACUUUCUCUACUUCAUCUGCAACCGUAAGACGCGUGACUCCCAGCGACAUGCCCUGAUACAGCUAUAUCAUCAGGAGUUUACGCGCACCCUGGACACGGUCGGAUACAUGGGAAAAGCUCCAACACUGCUGGAUAUAAAUUGCGACCUGCAGCGCGCAGGAUUCCUGGAGGUUGUUCUGGCGAUCUGUUUUGUACCGUUUCUGUUUGCCGAUUACAAUCAAACCCUCAAUGUGUAUGGUAACGAGGAGGAGGCCCGUGCGUAUCGUCGCGCACUCUACAAUGGUUCUCAGUUUAAGGAAGUUAUUCUUCCCCUUCUACCCUACUUUCUAUACAAAGGAUACUUAAAUUAGCAAACGGAGAAAUCAUUGCAAUAAAGUGACACACGCACAUUACAA